CCCGGAGUAGCGGAACCCGAACCCAGCACCCAGGACCCAGCAGCCCCCAGCUCCGGACCCAGCCACCGAGCCCGCCCAUCCGACAGCCAGCAUGCCGAACUGGGGAGGAGGCAAGAAGUGCGGCGUCUGCCAGAAGACUGUUUACUUUGCAGAGGAGGUUCAGUGCGAAGGCAACAGCUUCCACAAGUCAUGCUUCCUGUGCAUGGUUUGUAAGAAGAACCUGGACAGCACCACCGUGGCUGUACACGGGGAGGAGAUCUACUGCAAGUCCUGCUACGGCAAGAAGUACGGGCCCAAGGGCUACGGCUACGGGCAGGGUGCCGGGACCCUGAGCACCGACAAGGGCGAGUCGCUGGGAAUCAAGCAUGAAGAGUCUCCUGGACACAGGCCCCUGACCAACCCCAACGCUUCCAAGUUUGCCCAGAAGGUAGGGGGCGCUGAUGGGUGCCCACGGUGUGGGCAAGCUGUCUACGCUGCGGAGAAAGUGAUUGGAGCUGGGAAGUCCUGGCACAAAUCCUGCUUCCGCUGUGCCAAGUGUGGCAAAGGCUUGGAGUCCACCACGCUGGCAGACAAGGACGGCGAGAUCUACUGCAAAGGCUGUUAUGCCAAAAACUUUGGGCCCAAGGGUUUUGGUUUUGGCCAAGGAGCUGGAGCCCUGGUCCAUUCGGAGUGAAGGAGAAGUACACCCAGCCAAGCCCAGCACGACGGAUCCUUUGGCAUUGAGCAGCUUUUCUCUCUUUCUUUCUCUCUCCCACCCUUCUUUCUUUCCACUUCUCACCAGCACCAGCAACCACAGGGUCCUGCUUUCUCCUUUCUGGGUCUCUGUCCCAGGUCUGUUGGCUCCCAAGAGCUAGCAAGCUGACACUAGCUACACGUGAUGGUGGGCUGCCCAGCAUGGGUGGGAGAGGGGGUUGGCCACUGAGGGCAGAUUGGGGAGCAGGCCAGGAGCCUCCUUUCCAGUGUUGGUGGAAGAGGGUUGAACCACUAGCCCUCUGCUUACUGGCCCUCUGUGCUGCUGUUUCUGCCCAUCUGUUUCCCACCUCCCCCACUGGCCAAGGGUCAGGGAGAGAGGGGGACUGGAAGUGGGGAGAUGAGGACGGAUGAAGGAGGGUGAGAGAAGCAUGAUUUCAGCGGCCGGGGAAAGAAGAUGCUCUGAGGGAGGAGGAAGGGUUCUUUCUGGGUACAAUGGAGGGGUGGCUUUCAACUCCCUCUUGGUCAACGGGCUCCACUUGCUGCCCAAGACCACUCACACCCCUAGGGUUAAGAGAGAAGCCUCUGGUUUACUGAAGAAAGUUCCCAUCAUCCCCUGCAGGUUCCCUUCCAUCUCACACCCCAGGGAAGAUUCCCCUCCCUCCAUUCCAACACACACAAAGGAGCCAGAGCUUGGCCUCAUUUGCCCGGAGGAGAAGUUCUGGGGUUUGGCAGGGAGGGAGUCAGUUUCCUGCUUCCCCUCCCUCCCAGCACACCCACACCUUGGGGCACAGAGAGUACAGGGGUGUCCAUGCAGACCUUACACAAACAGCAAGAACAACACUAAACUGAUGGAUCUACUGUACAGGCCACGGACCCAGGUUGCACUCAAGUCCAUCUCCUAUACUGCCAAUAAAGCUAUUAGAAACCA